GCUAGACAUUAGGUUCAUUAACCUUAAACACACAAAGGGUAAAGGUAGCCUUUUCAAACACACCGGUACAGUGAGUGGUUCCUAAUCUACCGCUUCUUAGCUUUUUACAGUGGAAAUAAUGAUCAGAUUUGUGGUGAGUGCUGCCUGCCUGCUGCCUUUGUCUCUGGGGCUGGAGCUGACCGGACUCUUCGGCAGUUUCACCUCCCCCCAGUUCCCUAACACCUACCCUAACAACAAGCGCGUCCUGUGGAACAUCACCGUCCCGGAGGGUCAUAGGGUCAAGCUCUACUUUACCCAUUUUAGCCUGGAGCCUUCGCACCUGUGUGAAUAUGACUACGUCCAGGUGUUUUCAGAGGGAAACGACACGGUGAGGUUCUGCGGGGAAGCUGACAAGGACCACGAGGACGUGCCGGGGGACACCGCUUUUUAUUCGGCUGGGAACGCCAUGUCCGUGGUCUUCAGGUCCGACUACUCCAACGAGGGCCGCUUCACCGGCUUCCAAGCUUUUUACGCCUCAGAAGACAUCAACGAGUGCGAGAGCCUAGUGGAUGGAGAGCCGAUAUGCGACCAUUACUGUCACAAUUACGUGGGCGGCUAUUACUGCACUUGCCGGCUUGGCUACCUGCUCCAUCCCAAUAAAAGAGCCUGCACUGUGCCGUGCGGCGACCAGGUGCUGACGCAGAGGCACGGAAUACUGACCAGCCCGGACUACCCCCGGCCCUACCCCAAACUCAGCCAGUGCGACUUCCGCAUCCGCCUGCCCGAGGGCUUCGCCGUUCAGCUGGACUUCCUGGAGCCGUUCGACGUGGAGACCCACCCGGAGGCCCGCUGUCCGUACGACGUCUUGAAGGUCGCCACGGAGACGAAGGAGUACGGCCCCUUCUGUGGGAAGCGUGCGCCGGGCCGGAUCGAGACUGGCAGUCACGACGUGCGCGUCUUCUUCAGGAGCGACUCGUCAGGGAAGCACGGGGGCUGGAGGAUCAAAUACACUGCCACGGCCACGCCCUGUGAACACCCCGUAGCGCCACCACAUGGACGCAUUCAACCACCGCAGCCUCAGUACAUCUUCACCGACAGCUUCAACGUGACGUGCGAGAGGGGCUACGAAUUACUGCAGGGGGCGGAGUAUCCGGCCUCUUACCGAGCCGUGUGCCAGAGGGACGGGAGGUGGGACUCCCCGAUGCCGACGUGCUCCCUUGUCAAUUGUGGUUCUCCCGAUGAAGUAUCCAAUGGAAAAGUUUCCUUCGCCACAACCACUUACCCGUCUCUUAUCCAGUACACCUGCGACGACCCUUUCUACGUCAUGAAAAACGGCACAAAUGGAACCUACAUCUGUGACCACACCGGGAGAUGGAUUGACUCAUUGGGUAGGAAUAACCCUCCAGAAUGCGUGCCUUCCUGUGGGAAACCCCAGACGGGCAAACUGGCCCGGAUCAUCGGGGGCGAGAAGGUGGCCGAGAAAGAGAUCCCGUGGCAGGCCCUGGUGCUGAUGGGCGGGAGCUUCAGAGGGGGCGGGACCCUAAUCGCUGACGACUGGGUGCUGACUGCCGCCCACGUCCUGUGGGACUACGGCCACGCCGCCAACCUGCAGGUCAAGAUGGGCGUGGUCCGGAGGAACGACACGGCCGCGGUCGCCGACGUCCCGGCGGCGGUCUUCCUCCACCCGCGGUACCGGCACGACGGCGUGACCUUCGACCACGACAUCGCCCUGAUCCGGCUGAGCCGGAAGGUUCCGCUGAGCGCCGCGGUCAUGCCCGUGUGCCUGCCCCAGCGGGACGAGCGCUUCCUGCUCCGGACGGACGACCUGGGCCGCGUUUCGGGAUGGGGGGUGUGGCGGGAGGCCCGGCGCAGGGCCUCGCCCGCGCUCCGCUACGCCGAGCUCCCGGUGGCGAACUUCCAGCGCUGCCGGGACGCCUACGGGGCGGUGCGGGCGGACGACGGGCGGCCGCUGGUCGUCACGGGCAACAUGAUCUGCGCCGGCCUCCCCGAGGGGGGGAGGGACGCCUGCGAGGGGGACAGCGGGGGGCCCUUCGUGUUCUACGACGGCGUCAGCAGGGCCUGGUUCAUCGGCGGCGUGGUCUCCUGGGGUUACGAGUGCGCCAAGCCGGGCCUGUUCGGGGUCUACACUAAAGUCAGCAACUACCUCCCCUGGAUUGAGGAAGUCAUGGAGACCAACCGCUAAUCCUCAGUGGUGUCGUUAGCAGACCCACUCGCUGGU